AUGUCCUAUCUGGAGCCCAACCCGACGGAACUCAGUGAGGCUGCUCCGCAGGAAGCUGAUGAGCGAUGUUACCAGCUGUCAGAUGGAGACAUGUCAGAAGACGAUGCAAGGUGUGAAGAGGAUGAACUACGAGAGGGAGAUCAGAACAUCGACGGCGACGAUGAUCUCAUGAUCUCCAAUGAUAUUCCCUUUCCCAACAGCACAGGUCCAGAUGGGAAUCCUGACUCAGCUGCCCCCACGAAUCCGAUACAUCAAGCAUCAUUGGAGCGGUCGCUCAUCGACCUCAGUGAUCUCGUCAAAUUUAGUUUGCACAUGACAAUUGCGCAAAAUUAUCAUACUGGCAUGGCCCUCACGCAGAUUAGGGAAACGAUGAUGCAACAAAUACCGGCCACAAUUGUCGACACGAGGGGCAAGAUAAGAGUCAAGUUGAACGGUGAGGACUACGUGAAAGUAAGAGACGAUUUGAGGUGCAAGGGCGUUAUCAGCAAGUUCCGGAAGGCAGGCCAACCUUGGGAUAUGGUCGCCGACAUGCGGCUCGCUGGAGAUCAAGUCAUGUUGUUGACGACCGUCGACGAGGAUUCGGAAGCAAGAAUUCGGCUACAAUCUCAUAUGCUCAGCGGUAUCCUCGGCCUUGAUCCGAAUACCAAGGUUGUCCCAGAGCGUUACCAUGUGGAGAUUCCGGACUACCAGGGGAGGUCCGACGAGACUCCUCGUUCGCAAAAGGCAAGGUGGUCUCAUUGGAACAAGGUUUACAUUGCCGAUGCUUUUACAUCAUUUGGUACGCUCAUUCUGUGCAUGGAGUCGGAGAAGGAUGCACUGAAGCUUUGGAGGGAUGGCGGUGUGACACUUGGCUUUCAAAAGCUACCAGCUGAGCCCAUCGAUAUUCGCGCCCUCAACGUCUGGUGUCGAAACUGCUCUAAACCUUCACAUCUCCAGCGGGAAUGCAACCAGCCAACUCGAUGCGGCAAAUGUGCUGAGGCUCAUGAUACAAGCCUAUGCAAAAGCACUGGACCGUACCGCUGUGUCAACUGUCCCGAGAGUCAUCGCUCUGCUUCAAUGCAUUGCAAGAAUGCCCAAGUUGUCAAGAUGGUGAAGGAGUGCGAAAAGUGGCGAAAGGCUGGUCCUUCAUGGGCAAAGACCGUGCAACAGCCACAGCUCCCUGACGAGACACUGAUGAGCCAGCUGCGUAGCUACCAAAACACAGCAGCGGGGCAAGCAUUUCUCAGCAGCUUCAUGACCGUCCCGACACCCCAGGAUCAGGCAGGUGAUAAGGAAUCGAGCAAGGCCAAAGAUGCGAAGAAGGAGAAGAAGAGAAAGUUUGAGGUUCACGAUGUCUUGAACGUUGAUAACCGGCUGAAUUAUGAUUGGGCGGCCGCUUCUUAG